UAUGAUUCAAGACUCUCAGAUGCCAUUCAUCAAAAAGAAUGACGGAGAGACAAAAGCAGCUUCCCUCAAACAUCUGUACUGCUACAUGCACACAAGCAAUCAUGUCUACUACGGACAGAUUUCGAACUACACCAUCUGCUCGUCGAUAUCGGUGCCUAUAGGCCAAAACUCGACAAUAACAGUAUGCCCUGGUCAUGUCUGCUCUUGCUGCAAAUUUUCUCUUUCAGAUGGGUCGUUCUAGCUCUCGUUCAUGCUUUUCAGAGCAAGUUCUACCAUGGCUCGGAGCCAGGCAGAAGUCGCGAACCAUAAAGAUCUUCAAAGGCGUGCUACGAGAGUCAUUCUUCUCUUCACUCCUAUCCUUGAAAUUUUUUCAUUCUUCAUUCACUGAUAUCUUCGCUAAUAUCUCUGGCCUCUUGCGCACCAUUAUCUCUGUCAACCAAACCACAACAUCACAUCAACUCUUUCAAACUUCACCAUGCCACUCCCAUCACUUCGCUUACUCAUGGGCUUCACCCCACGCGACUUAUUUCCCUAUGACAUUUGCUUUGAGCGUGCACCAUGCACCGAAAUCCUAACCGAGCAAAAGAUCGUUAUUCUGGAACAUUUCCGACUCGUGACCGACGGUCCUAUCCAUUACAGCGUUAAAGGCCAGAUAUAUCCAUUUGAUGGUGGAACGACAUUCCCUAACAUCCUCGGCAAAUUAUGCUCCCCUGACACUUUUUCUUACGAGAUGAUGCACUAUCUUCAGAAGUAUCUCAACAAGCAUCAGCCAUGGUUCAAUGAGCCAUGGUCUAUCAAAGGUGGAAGAACGAUGGACAAAGAAAAACCAGGAGGGUUUUUGUAUCAGGUUUCACCCAUGCGAGGUCGAUGCAUGUUCUUGCUUGAACGCCACGUCCCGUGUAACUGUCACAAACUAUGGAAACCGAAGCAUGAAUUGGAUAUUGUCCCGACCCAGAGGUAUCAAGAGGAAGUGCGCAAAAAGAAGAAACAGGCGCAGGAGAGAUUGGAGGCGGAGAAGGCGGCACCGAAUCCCGCGCCACAACUGAGAACGUCGACGCAUACCUUCGCUAUGACCUCUGACAGCUCUACAACAGCAUACUCUCCUGCAGUCGGUUCUGAGGGCUGGCAUGGUGAUUAUGACAACAGUGGAUAUGAUGGUUGCCGUGAAAGAGAAGUGAAACAUCUUGUCUAAGGCUCAGGAUUAUUCCUGUGUAUCGUGUUGAAAUAUUCUGAACGUCUAGAGCUUCUUCACGAUCGAGGCUCUUCUUCGUCUUUUGAAUCAGAAGUCUUUGGGGUAUUGGGCUAGUUUGGAAGUGAAGUCCCGGGUACUUUUACGGUGUGGCUCGCUUCAUGCGAGCGAGUUGAAGAACCAUUGUAAUGAUACGUUAAUCUGAUAUGAAUCUG